AUUUAUAUGUAAACAAAGACCGACCAUAUUUGACACUGAACUCCAACACCGGGAGUGACAGUGAUAGAGGGCAGACAGCUUGAAAUCAGAUGUGACGUGGACAGCAAUCCUCCCCCGUCAUCUAUAACGUGGUCCAGAGUGGAGGUCUACUUCCGUCUGAUGCUGACGUCACGUCCGGUGUCCUACGAAUACCGUCUACACACCGGACAGACAAAGGGACGUACCAGUGUACAGCGGUGAACUCUAUUGGAAGUCAAGUGGACAGUCUCGUCAUUGACAUAUACUACCCCCCUGAUAUACAUGUCCGCUACACCAACGCCACCUAUAUGUCAGCAGACAGAGUGUUGACGUGUGUCCCAGAUGGUAACCCAGACUCCUACCAGUUUGGUCAGUGGCGACAUACAACGGAAGACGGUACAGAGAUACGUCAGUUAAGCGGAAGGUACAACACCACGCACUCUUUUUUGACCUUACCUGACCCCGGCGUUACCAGACGGUACGAGGACACCGGGUACUACACUUGUACAGCCACCAACAAUAUACCUGUUCUGUCCUACUACAGUUCUGGCUCUGUAUUUUUUGUUGUAGAGGCUUCCCCUGUGAUAACUACCAACACAGCAUUGAUCAAGGGACAGAUAGGGAACAACAUUACUAUUGAGGUGGAGUUUUACAGCAGACCGGCGGUCAUAGAUAAUGUUACCUGGACCAAAGGAUUAAAUGGAUUACCUACCCCUGAUAAGUCUGUUACAUCUGUAGAUGUCAGGUCAAUCAGUUUGCCAUUCUAUGGUGUUGAGACUGAGGUCGAAGGUUACGUGGCAGCAAUAAUCAUACACAGCCUAGUGGAACAAGAUUUUGGCAACUACACAGUGACGAUAGAAAACAGACUGGGAAAUACAAGCUUUCAUAUUGAUUUUAAAUCUGCAAGUCCACCCUUACCACCAGACAAUGUCGUACAGCUGAUCCAUGACAUCAGUAGUAUUAAUGUACAGUGGACACCGCGCUUUAAUGGUGGAGCAGAACAACACUUCAUCAUUGGAUACAAGUCAGACAUUGCAAAGGAUUUCAGUGACUUGUAUCCAAUACCUGAUACCCAUGAACCGACCCAGUCCUACCAAAUCACUGGACUUCAGACUGCACAAAUAUACUUUAUUCGGUUAUAUGCUGAAAACGAAAUUGGCCGGAGUGGCUAUGUAUAUCUUAACCAAACAACAAAAGUUUAUACAGAAACCCCAUCAUGUGUUGGACCUGUAGUCGGUGGUGUUGCAGGAUCAGUGUUAACCUUGACAUUCAUAGCCGUUGCAGGUUUACUAUUUUGGAGAAUAAAACGUAGAAAAGGUUCACUAGGUCAUCAGACGACUAAUCCAGAAAGCAGGACGGUAUACCAAGAUCUAGACCUAACCAAUAUAGAUCCAUCGUCUAUUUAUACUGACCUACAGACAUCAGGACGAAAUAUGGCGGGAUCAGAUAGUUCCCCCAAUAUCAGUACGUAUGAGACGCUUGGAGUUAGAUCUGAGCCUAACAUUUAUGAUGAUCUGUCGAAGAAACCUCAGCACACCGAUGCCACUUACGUAAACACCAUAAUACAACAGCGCUGAAAUGUUUAGUCAGGUGUGAGGAACGUUGACGGUCCAUUUGACAAACAUAACGUGACUACCAACAACAAAUCAAGAUAUUAUACUUCAACAUUUUUAAUGAGCUUUGUUGUUGGUUAUUUUGUUCUCCGUUAUGCGGUUGAUAUUUCUUUUCUGUUCAUUAAAUAUGCGUUAUUUUGUAUGAAGUAGAUAUUCCAAAGUAAAUGCAGGAAUAUAAGUCUGUUUGUACAAUGUAUCUGUGUAUGUAUUUGCUAAGGAGGUCAAAGAAUGGAGCUUGUAUUGAAAUCAUAAUAAGGACUCAUUAUUUAUCUUACCUUAAAGGGCCGCGGUGGCCGAGUGGUUAAGGUGUACCGACACUUUAUCACUAGCCCUCCACCUCUGGGUUGCGAGUUCGAAACCUACGAGGGGUAGUUGCCAGGUACUGACCGUAGGCCAGUGGUAUAUCUCUGGGAACUCGGCUUUAAUCCACCUCCAAAACCUGGCACGUCCUUAAAUGACCCUGGCUGUUAAUAGGACGUUAAACAAAAACAAACAAAACCUUGAUUCACAUAAGCCAUCAUAGCUCGUUAUAUUUAUUGACAUGUAACGAGUAAUUAAUCGUCUAAAUGGCCUAUUUAGUUGUACAUUUUCACUUAUCUGCUGUUCAGUAUUUAUUUAUUUCUAUUUUUGUUUACUUUUGAAUAGCUUAUAAAAGUGAGUACGUGUAGAUGGUUUACACCUGCAUCAGUGCGUAAACGCCAACGUUAUUGUACAUGUGGUGAUAUACAUGUAAAGAAAAACAUGAAUAUAUAUCUCUAAUUGUUAUGAAUAUAAACAUGUUGUGUGUUAAGUAGAAAGCAUGUAAUUUUUUAAUCGAGGAUAUUAUUUUGUAAUAACUUAUUAAUAUCAAUAUAACUUGCAGUGUAUUAUGUACUAUGCCAAACUUUGUUAUUAUUCAUUUUAUAUUAAGGUGUUACUAUUCUAAAGUGGUAUUAGCCGUUCUAUGAAAUUGUGAAAGAAAUUGAUUUAAGCUUUGCUUUUUUUCCGAUCCGAUUAUAAUGGUUUUUGUGUUGAAUAAAAUGCCGUUUAAAACAAA